GCAGAGUUCAUUUAGAGAUAGGAUUAAUUAUCUAUUUUGUGUAUUUGUUGAACAUGGAAUUAUUAUAAUGUUCUAAGAUAUCAUUAUUUAUCCUGCUGUGCUCCCAUUUUUUAAAAAUUUGCUCGCAUGCUUUUUACCUUUUAAAUCUUUUUGGUCAUACAAUUAAGAAUAUUGACUGGAUGAUUGUACUAGGACUUUGCAAAGUUUUUUCACCGAUUUUUUUGCGUUGCAAGUGGUCAUCGUAGUUUUGGCUUUUUUUGGGGCUGCUGUGCAAAGUGUGGAUAUUAAAUAGUCAACAAGAGGCAACUCUAGAUUUCAGUUAAUGAAUCUAGAAGUUUAUGGUAAUCGUAUUUAGUAACGAAGUGUGUCAUUAGUCAAGCUCUAUGAACUAAUGAUCUUCUCAAUGGCCUUUUUACAUGACCUGUCAAAAUGCUAAAUUACUUUUUCAGAAUCAUCCUGGUGAAUAUCAUAUUCUUAAGAAUUACUUAAAUACGUAAUUUUCCUCCGUCAUUGACAGGAAUGGCCUCCACAACAUUACGCCUCGAGUUAUGUUGACUUUAAUUUAAGAUGUUUUGUUUUUUUCGUGGCGUCCGUGUGCUUGAAACGAACGCGUUUCAUUCAAACGAUGAAACUUUUAUGUGUUAAUCACAUUUUAAGGACAUUAAUUACAUGUCGUAAAUUCUGAGGAAGUCAUCUUGUUCACAUUUUGAACUUGGAUACACUUCAUUCGUACAAAGACGCAUUUUACGAAGAAAAAAAUGCUAAAUGAAGCGACUAGAAAAGGUCGAAUUUUCAUGGUCAACUAUCUCUUGGAUACUAAGAGAGUUGACAUCAAUGAACAAGAUUCAAAGGGUCAGACAUCAUUGAUUAAUGCCUGCUUACUGACUGAUGACAUGGCCAACACUCGAAGGAAACUUUUGCGUUUGUUGUUGUCGAAGAAAGCAGAUGUGAACAUAGUUGAUGACACAGGACGCGAUGUUUUAAUGUGGGCAUGUCACUUGGGAAGAGUUGAUGUUGUGAAAAUUCUGUUUGGUCGCUCGUUGAUGGAUCUUAAUUUCGUGUGCGUCGAUACGUUUGGAAAUACGGCUUUACAUUACGUUUCAUCUAAAGGAGAUUUUGCUCUUACCAAUAUGCUUGUUGAAGCUAUGAAAAGUUUUGGGCUGUCACUGGACGGACGUAAUAACGACGGACUGACGCCAUUGUUAGCAGCGACAAAAAAUGGUCAGGAAAUGUGUGCUAGUUUACUCCUUGAGCACGGAGCAUCUCCUGAUAUUGUGGAUCCUCAAACGCUCUUGAAUGUGAAAGAACUCGCCGAGAACGCUUGUUUGAAGUCCUUGAUUGACAAGAUUUCAUUACGUAAUCCUUGUACGCAAUCUAGAUGCUCGUUUCCAAGGCAACCGGAUGAUGACGACAUGAGAUCUGCUACACAACUCGUGAAUCAUUCGGAAAGUCUCGAGCGCCGAAAAAAUCGACAACCUCUAUUGAAAAAGCGUCAAGACGAUUUUGAGCCGAAGGGAACAACUAUUGAUAGACAGAGUCGGAGGUCCUUACUUCCACCUGGUGUUUGUCCAUCGGUCCCUAAUAUCCCAAGCAAACCACCGUUGCCUCGGACGUCCAAAGAUCCAUUUAACCUACAUGAUCUAAACACUGUGCUUUCUUUAUACAGUGAACAACAAGCGAAUACAUACAGGAAAGGUUUUACAAUUCCUGUGAUGUCAACUGAAGAAUUUCAAACUUAUCUUAAUGGUAUGAAAGCAAAAAUAAAACCCAAAAUAAAACGUCGUCCAUCGUCUGUCCGUAGCUCUGCUAUGUGUUUCAGUCCUGUUUUCCAAGAGCGUCGUCGUUCUGCAUUCAGCGAUCCUUUGUACAAUAGUCGUCGACGUAGUGUAAAUCUGACAACUGUUUCUAAUUCAUGGGCCAAUCAAAAACCUGGUUUUAUACGUAAUUCGUCUGAUCCAAUCAUAGAUCUUCGUUUACAAUCAAAAACGCAUAGCGGUAGUCGUAGACAUUCCUUAUUUGCCGCAGCUCGUAAAAAGUACUAACGUUUUUGAUUACUUAGAUGGAUAAGCUUUUCGGAAUACAUAAAAAAUAAUUGACUUAACUUGAA